GCAAUGCAGACCGUUUUAGUCAGCAGCCGAGCGGAAGCAACGACUCACCAAACCGAAUCCUGGCAAGAUGACAGCAUAGCUCAUUCGGGAAGUCGAUCCCAUGUUUGUAGUCCUCGACUCCUGCGCAAAGCAACAUCUGCAUCAACACAUGGCCUAUUGAUUCAGUAGCAUCAAAGGCGUGUAUCGGACUCAUCCGUUGAUCGGUGACAACAUAGGCAGCCGCUCAGGCCCAAAAGUCUCGCAACACACAAAGACAUGGUAGCGUGACUACGGAACCCAGUCCGUUCGAUCCAUCCCUCCUCCUCCUCGCCCUUCUCGGGCGCGUUCCCGGGAGAACCCAAGGCCCUAUGAAGACGUUUAGCCAUUCUGGUGUCUGCUGCAGGUGACGUCUGCUUGGCAUGGCUUCUGCCCCGUCGCUCUCGGUGUCAUGGCCAAUGCCCUGCCUCUGCGUCGUGCUGUUGCUCGUCGCAUGGCUCGACCAGACCUGGGCCAUGCGGCCCGACCGCAUCGCCACCCUCCGGCACGAGACCGUCGAGAUGUUCUACCACGGUUAUGACAAUUACAUGAGGGUGGCAUUCCCCGAUGACGAGCUUCGACCUCUCACAUGCGCCCCUCUGACCAGGGACAGCCUUAACCACAACAACUUCGGUCUGAACGAUGUCCUCGGGAACUACUCCGUCACCCUCAUUGACACCCUCUCGACCCUCGCCAUACUAGCCUCUGCUCCCCCCGACGACGAGGGUACCGGAGCCAAGGCCCUGCACGACUUCCAGAGUGGCGUGGCGGACCUGGUAGGACUGUACGGAGAUGGGAGGCCGGGACCAUCAGGUCUGGGCACACGGGCGAGAGGGUUCGACCUCGACAGCAAAAUACAGGUCUUUGAAACUGUCAUCCGUGGGGUCGGAGGUCUGCUCAGCGCGCAUCUGUUCGCUGUCGGGGAGUUGCCUAUCAACGGCUACAACCCAAGACCCGCGGGUGAGACCGACCCCGACAACCCCCUGGAAUUGCCCCCGAUACCAUGGCCCGAUGGCUUCAAGUAUGACGGGCAAUUACUGCGCCUGGCCCUUGAUCUUGCGCAGCGCCUGCUGCCAGCUUUCUACACCACCACAGGCAUGCCGUAUCCACGUGUCAACCUUCGCCAUGGCAUCCCGUUCUUCCCAAACUCGCCUCUUUUCUACGAUGCCUCGGGCACCCAGAGCGCCAACACCCCAGGCCCUGCUGAGAUUACGGAGACAUGCAGUGCAGGAGCUGGCAGCCUGGUGUUGGAGUUCACCGUUUUGAGUAGGCUCACUGGCGACCCUCGGUUCGAGCAGAUUGCCAAACGAGCUUUCUGGGCUGUUUGGAACCGGAGGAGCGAUAUUGGUCUCAUAGGCGCCGGCGUUGAUGCAGAGCACGGCAACUGGAUUGGAGGCCAUGCUGUCAUCGGGGCCGGCGCUGACAGCUUUUUCGAAUAUGCGCUCAAGUCACAUAUCUUGCUCUCGGGUCAUGAAAUACCCAACGCUACCGCCCCACAACCGCGUGCUCCCGGCAGCACCUGGCUAGAUCCCAAUGAAUUAUGGACACCGCUGACCGAGGAACAAAACUCGCCGGCGGCUUUUCUGGAUGCCUGGCAUCAUGCACACGCCGCGAUCAAGCACCACCAGUACGACGAGACGGGCCAUCCGCACUACGUUAAUGUCAAUCUCCUCACUGGCUCCCAAGCCUCCCAGUGGAUCGAUAGCCUGGGCGCAUACUAUCCCGGUCUUUUGAUCUUGGCCGGAGAACUGGAGGAAGCUAUCAAGACAAACCUGCUUCACGCCGCCUUGUGGACCAAGUAUGCGGCAUUGCCUGAGCGGUGGUCUUUCAAGGAAAAGCACGUCGAGGGCGGCCUGGGCUGGUGGCCUUUGCGGCCAGAGUUCAUCGAAUCGACCUAUCAUCUAUACCGUGCUACCAAGGACUCUUGGUAUUUAUAUGUUGGUGAAAUGGUCAUGCGCGACAUCAAUCGACGCUGUCGAACCGAUUGUGGCUUUGCGGGGAUUCAGAAUGUUGUGACAGGAGAGCUGACCGACCGCAUGGAGAGUUUCUUCCUUGGUGAGACGACCAAGUACAUGUACCUGCUUUUCGACGAUGGCCACCCCCUCAACUCGUUGGAUGCUGCUUAUGUCUUCACCACUGAAGGGCAUCCUCUGAUCAUACCCAAGAAGUCAAAACGUCUUUCAAAGACGAGACCUGUUCCCCCCACAACGACUAAGGAGAUUGCGUUGUUCUACUACAACGAUGGCUUCACAAACAUGUGCCCACAACCUCCUGAGGUCAUGCCUUUAACCGGAUCGAGUAUCACUACGCGAACAGAUAUGUUCCACGCCGCCCACAUGCUCGAUCUACACACGAUGCCAAACAUACACGCCGGCAUAGAAGCCGGUGACAAGCCUGGGACUUACAGGGCCAAGAAUAACCACACAUACUUUCCCUGGACCCUGCCGCCUGCAACUCUGCCCGGGAAUGGCACAUGCGCCAAGAUAUUAGAGCCGGCUGAAUACCACCUGGAGUUUGGAAUGGUCGGCCAGAACGGGGUCUUUGACUCGAUAAUUGGGGCCCAAAACUUGGACCGAAUGGAUACGUAUCACAUCAGGGUCAACAAGCUGGCAGGUCUCAAGCUCACCAUGCGGCUGGAAAACGGCCCCGACGACGCUGAGGGGCUCAGAGUCACCAAGGUGAACGGUUUCGGACUUGGACGAGAUGAAAACAUUGUCUUCAAUCGGGCCUUGCUUGCGGACAUAUCUGACACGAAGUUUAAGCUCAUCAGAGAUCUCAAGACUGUCAGGAUACAUCAACUCUACCACGUGGAUGUGGCUGCGAACGUGGAGCCCGUAGACAAUGUGACCAUGAGUCAAGAGUCGGCCGAUGAAGUUCUCGGCAAUGAGACUUCUGCAUUCGAAGAAGAGGAUUACGCCACACCAGAAGAGCAAUGUGCCCCUCCCGACGACGCAAUGUUAGAGGAAUACAACCCUUUUGACGCCGAUCACCAAGUCCCAGACGAUGUACCGCGAGCUCCCGAGACACUGGCGACCAACAUCAACAGCCUUCUACGCAAUCUUUGGAACCAAAUGCGCGACUCGUCAUCCUCAACCGCGAGCCAAGCCCCAUCCUCCAAUACGGUCCAGGUCCUCAACACGCAUGGCCAUCCUCUCAACAUCGUCAUCAACACCACAGCCAUCACGCCCAUCGGUGUCGGUGCCGCCCCCUUGCCGUCGACCGAUCUCCCAGCUGGCGCGCAUAUCCCGGCGUUUGGACCCGUCCCGCACGCGGUGCUGCCGUGGAGUACAACCUACGGGGCCGGGCUGGCGUGUGAUUCGGUCCUGCCGGAGGAGGCGCCGCGCGACCAUCAGCUCAUCGUGAUCCGCAGGGGCGGCUGCACCUUCAGCGAGAAGCUCGCCAACAUCCCGGCGUACAAGCCGUCGGGGACGUCGCUGCAGCUCGUCGUCAUCGUUUCAGACGACGAGGACGACAGCGGCGAGGUGGGCAUGACGCGGCCACUGCUGGCAGAGGAACAGCGCACGCCCAGCGGCGUCCUGCGCAGGCAUCCCAUCCCCAUGGUCAUGGUCGGUGGCGGCGAGGAGGCCUACCGCCGGUUGGCGACUGGCGGCAUCGUCAGGGCCGGCAUGAGCAGGAAAUAUGGCGUCGAGAGUGAUGGCCGCAGGAUAAACAACAUCGUCAUCGAUGACGGGGAUAUCAAGCGGCCGGGCUAGGAUUCGCCAGCUGAUGUCGUCCACACUCGACGGUACCCCUUCAAGGCGCUCACGCGCUGGGUGGGUUCGGUGAUGGGUUGUCGAACGAGAUAAGGCGUGCAACAAACAGCGUGCAACAAACAGCGUGUGGUGUUGAAGUAGGAAGUGGGCGCGGACGUGUCUCGUCUGAAGCGGGGAGGGUAUCCGUGCCACCUGUCUCCUGUCUGCUGUUUCUACACUCGUCGUUUGCUUCUCUCAUGUUCGGUUUGUUUUUGGCAUACCACAAUACCACAUAGACAUGUAUCGAUAGUCCACCGCAUACAUUAGCAUCUCAGCGUAUGAUACCUCUUUUUAAUCUUGCAUUGGACCGUCUUAGCACCCUACGGUGUACCGCGCUACCUGCAGUCCUGCAUCACCCGCACAUUUGGUCGCGCUGCGGAAACACGAAUGGUGAGAAAGGGCUGAGGGGAUAAGCUCC